GUCACUGUCGUCGAGAAAUCACAAGUAAGAAAAUAUGGAUAUUUCAUUCAUUUAAAAAGAGACAAAUCUUUGAAUGUAAUCAGAUUUUUCAACCGUGACAGUUUCUUAUAAAUGGACACAGCACAAGGUUUUUAAGACCUGAUUCCACACACAGUUUAACAUAGUAAUUAUAGAGAUAAAAUGUAUGAAAAAAGACGAUUCUCUUGGAGUAAGAAUGAAUGAACAAUGAAAUAUUGUUUUCUCCUUCUCCUAAAUCUCCUCCUAGCCCCCAGAGUACAGGGGAUACAAGAAGGGAGGAGAGGGGUUCUAGUCCUCUUGGAGACUGGAGAUUGUGAAGGAUGUGAUGAGAAGGAUAGAGGAGAAGGAGAAGAAGGACGGGUUCAAUGUGUACCCAAAGUACAAUCUCCGUCUCUGGCUGUGGAAUGGACGGUUCAACGUAUUCAACUCCUUUCCCUGUCAAAACAAGAAAUAGAUUUUGAUAUAAUAAACACAUGCGGUGAUCUUAACAUUGCAAAAUGGCGUCUCCUCCACGCACUCUCCAACUACACCCAUACCUCCAACCUUCAUAUAUUCCUGGCCUCCACCCUCAACCCUCUCCUCCAACCUUCAGUCUCCAACCUAGGACUGGAGUUUUCCCAGGUUCAAUAUGUGUCCCCCCACUCUACCCUCACUACCCUUAGCAGGCUGGUUAGACAGAUGGGUUGGAAACAGGUCGUGGUACUGAGCAGUCCCGGAGAAGGGAUGGAUAUUGGUGGAUCUCUGCUCGGAGAAGAUAUUUGCGUGACACGAACCCUCCGGCUUCCGUCACAAGAGGAUCCUAAGGAUACAUUCUCAAGGAUUACAGAGUCUUUUAGAUCUAACGAAGUUAAAAACGUUCUUCUCUCAGGGUUCGGAGCUGAGAUCUCUAGGUUCAUGAGAAACCUUCAUGAGCUCAAUAUAAGGGUUGGAUUACUAGCACUGCCUUGGGACGGACCUCUCUCCACCCUUGUGGGAGAACAGAUGAUAAACUCAACCAUAAUAUCACUCCUUCCUAAGAACAGCGUGAUGCCGGAGUUUAAUAAGUUUUAUAAAAAGUUUGCAGAAAUAUCCGAGGAUGUUUAUGACAAUCCUCUCUCCUGGCAGUUAGUUAAAGCACUUUACGGAGUUCUUGUUCUCAAUGAUUCUACAAUAGAUGAUACUACUGCUCGGGACGGGUUGGGGUUUAGCCGAGACGGGUUGGAGUACACUGUUGAAGAGUUUAACCCAGAGAAGAGGGUUUGGGAGAAGCUGGGAGUGUAUGAAGAGGGUGAGUUCUCCUGGCCUCGGUCAUAUCAGGUUCAGGACGCAUGUACAAGAUGUAUCUGUGAAAACGGACUCUGGAAGGAUGGAGCUAGAUGGAGAUGGGAAAGUUGGGUAACAGCUCUUGCAACCCUGGCAGGACUUGGGAUUCUUUGCAGUCUGGCAAUAUUUGUAUUUCUGUGUGCACAGUGUGGAGAGGUUUUAGAAGGAGCACAAUCCACAUCCUUCCUUCUCCUCUCCGCUACUGUCAUAACCUUUGCUUCAAUGCUCCCCUACUGUUUCCAACCUGGAAACCUAACCUGUAUUCUCCGAACCCUGGCUCCGGCAGGUUCUCUCACCUUUCUAGUCUCCAUCCUACUUUCUAGAUCUCUACUCCUGGCUACCUCGGAUACAGCAGGACUACCAGGACAUGCUAGUGGUUGUCUCCAAGUUAUCCUUCUCUUACUCAUGCUAGGAGUAGAGGUGAGUAUCCUGGGUCUAGAUUCCUGGCAUCUCCGGGGUAAUUAUCUAAACCUGGAGACCUGUCAUCAUCGGAGCUGGGGUUGGUUGGGUAUGCUAGCCUGGCCUGGAGUUCUCCUCCUGGUCCAAACCUUCCUGUCUCCUGGCAUAUGGAGAUCCAGGAGGAAUUACAAGGAAGGAGUUCUCUUUAGUCUCUCAAGCGUAGCGGUCACCAUAGUCUCAGCAGCCUGGGUCACUGUAUAUAUUCUCUGUGCAGAACUGUAUGGAGCUGAAUGGGAAGAUAUAUCUGUAUGUGCUGGUUUAGUUUCAACUGGAACAGUUAUUCUUCUUGUAAUAUUUAUACCAAAGGUCUACUUGAUGACGGUUUGGGGGUCUGGAGGUCAUGAAUUAAGCCUCCAACUACCUGGAACAACUACCUCUACCCUCCACACCGAUACCCUGGAUUAUAUACCCAACAACUCUAUCUAUAAAACCCCAAUAGAUGAGAAUACUGUUGCCUACGUAAACCUAAGGUCUAGGGAGUCUAGUAAACCCGCCUCUGUUCACUAUGGUUCUGCGUACAUCAUGGGAACCAGGAACCUUAUGGACAGUAAACAGAACCUCACCUAUCAGUUGGAUAGGAAUACGGAACCUGCUGAUAAUAUCAGCUGGGAACCAUUUAAUUCGAAUUCUAAUUAUAUGUCCCAUCCAACUCUGCCAAUUUCCCAGCCUACUGGUAUACCCUCCACCAGACUAUAAUCUGGUAUAACCUCCACCAGACUAUAAUCUGGUAUACCCUCCACCAGACUAUAAUCUGGUAUACCCUCCACCAGACUAUAAUCUG